GUUUGUUGUAGAAGGGGUUGCAAUCAACAAACUGAGUUAGCAGCUGACAUCAAAUUUGUAAUGGUUCGACUAUACUUCAUGGUUGGGUCUGAACUCUUUGAUCUAAUGACCUCUCCAAGAAUCACAGCAGCAUUCUACAAAUACUGUGAAAGUAAAUGUUAGUUUCUUGAGUACUGCUUGUUGUGUGAUUAUCAACUAGUUUCUUUACUGUCGAUCUGCAAUUGAAUGUGAAUUUGUCGGCAACAAGAACAAUGUGAAAAUUUUGCUUUCAAAGUUUUUCUGAGCAAUUACUAUAUUGAAGAAGGUCUGUUUCAGAAUAUAAUCUGAUGCAUAUGAUUGAUAAUGGAUAUUGUGCAGGAUGAGAUACUAAUUGUUACAGAUCGAGUGGUGCUGCAGCUUAGUGAAGCCAUCGAUGCCCUUAAUAUGGUCAAUAAGGGAGGGAAGCAGCAACCCGAUCCUUUAAUCCUUACUCAGGCUUCAUCUCAGAGUGCAUUGCCAGUUGAAUCUUCUUCGAAGGAUGUAACUGUAGUUAUGAGCAAGUCAUCUGGGUAUUUAACUGAUAAAUUGUUUACGGAUAUCUCAAGGGUCUUAAAGCCUGGUGGAACAGCUUUAUUGCACCUGCCUGCUGAAUCUAAUGCUUUGGAAGCGACCAAGUCUUCUAUUGAGCGCAAGUUACUGUUGGCAGGUUUCUUGGAUGUGGAAUCAUUUGAAGCUGGUCGUUCUAUUGGGAUUGUUGGCAAAAAGGCUUCUUGGACGAUUGGUUCAUCAUUUUCGAUAAAGAAACAAGCAAAAAAUUUACCUGUACUCCAGGUGGACGAUGAUUUUGACUUGAUAGAUGAAGAUAGCCUGUUAACUGAAGAGGAUUUGAGGAAGCCACAGUUGCCAGUUGGUGAUUGUGAAGUCGAAAAAACAAGGAAAGCCUGCAAAAAUUGCACCUGUGGCCGAGCCGAAGCUGAGCAGAAAGUGGAGAAGUUGGGAGUUACAAUGGACCAGCUGGAAAAUCCUCAGUCUGCUUGUGGCAAUGUGUGUAUUAUUGUUUCCUUCAUAUCUUCCUCAGUUCUAAUUUACAACGUUACCUCAGUCCUUCGCCAUACUUGUUGAUUAUGUUAAUCUGGACUAUUUUCCCCUUGCAAAAUCAACUUCUUCUGUUUCUUUUUGUGAUGAUUUCCUCCUGACUAGAAGAAGAUAUGCAAUAAUUGCCGGCUGUUUAUUCGUGAGAAAGUUUCCAUUUGUGUUUGUAUAGCUGUAGCUCUAAGGAUCCUCUAGCAAUGUCCUGCUUCCUUUUAUUCUCAUCCUUGUUCUUCUUCAAUGGAAUUUUGUUUUGAUCCAUUCCUGGUUUUUAUAAUGCAGUGCGGUCUUGGAGAUGCGUUUCGCUGCAGUACAUGUCCUUACAAGGGUCUUCCUCCUUUUAAACUAGGGGAAAAGGUAAGUAUCCGUUUUGUUCGUAGAAUCAUAGCUCUUGUCUAAGUUAUUUGUUUUCGUAUGUUUUGAAGUUCUUGAUGACUUGUCUAAUAAGAACAAGAGAAUUCAUCUUUUGCAUUUCUCACUGUUUUGACCGGUCUGUAGAAAAUAGGAUUUUUGAAGUUCAGGUUGCAUAAUACCUAGUGCCAAGUUCAUGGAUUAUCCACAGAUUCUCAUUUUAAGUUAUUGUCUGAGCAGGUAACCCUCUCAGAGAACUUCCUUGCUGCUGAUUUUUGAAACUGAAGUGCGGAUAUGACUGCAUUUGAUUGCUGCGGACUCUUCUCUUUUCUUUGGGAAGUUGAUGAGUUUAUUUGUACUGGUAUUGGUAUUUUAGCUUGUUAUUCUGGAGUCCCUUUAGAGUAGUAAACGAAAUGGAACCCUGUUGAGUUCAUUAGUAGUACGAAGACCCCUCGUUUUCUUCUAAUUCUCGAUCCAUUGAACGAAUUUUUAGUAUCAAAUGUCCGGAUAUAUAAUUGCUUAUUAUUGUAGUAUAAGACUCUAUACAAGGACAUUCCCUGAAAUUUUCUUUUUUUCUGUACUAAUAAACAACCAGAUCCAGAGCCCAAGAUUUCAAAAUAACCG